GGCCUUGUCCCCAAAAAUCCAAUUCCUACCUCGCCAAUCGACGGUGGCGGCGUCGCGGCCGGCGGCGCCUCAAGGGUUCCGGAAGCUUCUCGAACGACCUCGCCGAAGAGAAGCGGGAGUGACCAAGGUGAGCCGAUCCGCGUCGCGGCGAGGCCCUGGCUCUCUCCUUUCUCUCUUUCUUCUUCCUUCUUUCAUCUUCCGCGCGCGAUACGCGCCCCGGCCCCGAACCCCCGACGCCCGACGCCAGGCACGGAGCCCCCGCCGCCACCACCUCCCCUUAGCUCCGGCGGCCUCCACUGCCCGACGCUAACCCGUGGGGGCCAGACGCCCCCGCCGCCUCCGCCGCCCACCGGGGUUCCUCCACUGCCCGGCUCCGGCAGCGCCCUCGCCGCCUCCGCUCCCCCGCUGUUUCUCCUGCCAGCCGGCGAGCCUCCCGGAGCUCCUUCGAGGCCUGCAAGCCACAGAGUCGAUGAGGAAAUUGGACGAAUCAAGCAACCUCGGUCUGGAUUGUUGAGUGUUUGAUGCUUGGUGGUCGAGGGCUCCUGCAGAUAUGAACGUGGUGGGAAGGGUUGGGUCUGUGAUCUCGCAGGGAGUGUACUCCGUUGCGACGCCCUUCCACCCAUUUGGCGGCGCAGUUGACAUCAUUGCAGUUGAGCAGCCCGAUGGUUCAUACCGCACCACUCCAUGGUACGUCCGUUUUGGGAAGUUCCAGGGCGUGCUCAAGGGUGCUGAGAAGGUUGUCACCAUCACCGUCAAUGGCGUGGAAGCCAGCUUUCACAUGCAGCUUGACAACUCUGGCCAAGCCUAUUUCAUGCGUGAGCUUGUGCCUGGCAGUGAAGACUCUGGUACAGGUUCAGAAUCAGAAGCUAUCAAUGAGCCUGAACCCCCAGCGCGCAGUAAGAGUGAUGGGGACCUUUACAUUGGUCCUAGUGACAGGCUUGGCAGCCAAGAGUUGAAUGUGGAGCAUCAAGAGAAGCAAACCGGGGACGAAUUUGAAUCAUAUGAUGGUUAUGGUAGGUUGGAGGAAGCAGAAGAUUUGCCAACCCAAGCUGAUGGGGGAAAUUCGGAGGUGGUUCUGGUUAGUGUGGAUGGACAUGUGCUCACCGCGCCUAUUUCUUCAACAGAGGAGGGUAUGGAUGAUGUGCAGUUAAGUGACCCGCAGUUUCAUUUGGGACCUGGGCAGAGCUCUAGUGGGGACUUCAGCCGCAGUGGUGAGGUGUGGGAUGCUGGCAUUUUAGAUGAUCUAUACAUAUCACAGGAAAAGGUACAGUUUGAUUCUGGACAUCAGUCAAAGGUUUUUAUAGAGAAUGAAGAGGUACCAAGUGAGAAGGAUGAGUCACAUCACAUCUUAGUUGACAAAGGUGAAGCACUCCAUGUGUCUAUAAAUGAAGAUGAAGUGCUCAGUGUGUCAACUAAUGAAUAUGAAGUUCAUGCUUUGUCUACAAAUGAAGAUGCAGCUCAUGUUGUGUCUACAUACAAAGAUGAGGUUCAGAAUGUGUCAAAGUCAGGGAACAAUGAUGGGGUUUAUCAACCCAUGACCACUGAAGGUGAGUCUCGUGGUGUUUCAGGGGACAUUGAUGUUGGUUAUCAACCCUUGACCAAUGAGGACGAGUCUCCUGAUGCCUCAGGGGACAAUGUUGUGGGUUAUCAACCCUCGACCAAUGAACCUAAAGCUCAUGAUAUACCAGAGACCAAUGAUGAGGAGCAUAAAUCGUUGACCAAUGAAGAUGAAUCUUGUGAUGUCCCAGUGCUCGAAAGAGCCAAGGGUUGUAAAUCCCCAGCUAACAAGGAUGAGGUUUGUGAUCUCAGCAAUGAGGACACUGAGUUGGAGGAUGCUGGUGCUAGUUUUGGUAAAAAGGAAACUUUUCAGAGCUGCUUGGAUCUAACAUUACAAAUAGAUGAUGGGGAUUCAGGAAACGAACUGUUUUCUCCCGGAUCUGAUUAUCAGAGGGAUUCUGAGCUUAGUUUGGGUAACACUUCUGUUGCUGAAACAGAUCUGCAGGAAGGUGAAACUAAAACUGCUUACUGUGAUCAAGAUGGUCCAUUACAGGAGGGAGUGGAUGUUUCAAAAUUUACAACAGAAGCUGAUAGGACUCGAAACAAAAGGGCUUCUUCUCCUUAUGGCAAGGAAUCUGACUUGUCCCCUGAAACUGAGGCUGCUGUAUCUGAAGGUUUACCGUUAUCCAUGGCUACCAGUGAUAAAGACAAACUGGGAAGCAUUCCAGAACACUCAGAAGAAGAGGAACAGGAUAAAGAAGAGCAUUCUGAAUCACCGAAGGGCUUGGGGGUUGAGAUUUCUCUUUGUGGGAACAUGUUACGGCCAGGAAUGGGUCGAGAAUCUGCUGAGGAAGCCUUUCUACAGCAUCUUGUCAGUGAGGAGGAUUUCAAGUUGUCUGGAUCAACGAUUAUAAAAAAUGCAAACCUUAUCGUCAAAGUUGACAAUAAGUAUUUCCCGUGGAGUAAAGUUUCUCAUGUUAUUCUUGGCAAGGCUGUAUUUGGUUCAAACUUCAACAUAGAACCCUUUGAUGCUAUUCCGGUUGAACGUCAGGAAACGCCCAACUCAAGGGAAGACUCUUUUAGAGUGUCUCCCUCAAGCCGGAGGUGGAGGCUUUGGCUCAAUCCCUUUCGGAUAACAAGAUCCCUUCAGCGUAGUAACAGUGAUUCUUCUGAGGACAUUUUCCUUGACUCAGAGACUGUUUUGAGUCCAAUGGAUGAGCAAGCUCUGGAGAACAACAAAAGCCAGUCACCAAGGAAGCAAUUUGUAAGGACUUUGAUCCCCACUAGUGAACAGGUAGCAUCUUUAAAUCUGAAGGAGGGCCAAAACUUGGUGACCUUUAGCUUCUGCACCAGAGUUCUUGGGAAGCAGCAGGUUGAUGCACAUAUUUACUUGUGGAAAUGGAACGCUAAAAUUGUAAUAUCUGAUGUAGAUGGCACCAUUACGAGGUCUGAUGUGCUGGGUCAGGUCAUGCCUUUGGUUGGUCGAGAUUGGAGUCACUCCGGUGUUGCUCGACUCUUUUCUGCGAUAAAGGAAAAUGGUUAUCAACUAUUAUUCCUUAGUGCUAGAGCAAUUGUUCAAGCUUAUCUCACGAAGAACUUCCUCUUCAAUCUGAAACAGGAUGGGAAGGCACUGCCCAAUGGGCCUGUUGUAAUUUCACCUGAUGGCUUGUUUCCUUCACUCUACCGAGAAGUUAUACGGAGAGCUCCACAUGAAUUCAAGAUUGCAUGUCUGGAGGACAUUAAGGCGCUUUUUCCUUCUGAUUACAAUCCAUUUUAUGCUGGAUUUGGCAACAGAGACACUGACGAGCUCAGUUACAAGAAGAUGGGAAUUCCUAAAGGCAAGAUUUUUAUCAUCAACCCAAAGGGAGAAGUGGCCGUCAACAGUUCUGUUGAUGUAAAGUCUUAUACCUCCUUACAUACACUUGUCAACGACAUGUUUCCACCAACAACUCUGGUUGAGCAGGAAGACUACAAUAACUGGAAUUACUGGAAGGUGCCGUUGCCAGAUGUUGAUUUGUAGUGUAGUUUUGACAGAUACAGCCGUAGAUAGCAGUAGAUCCUCAAAAGCAUAGUAGCUGAGCUUCGUGUACACUAAUUCUCAGUCACCACGACCGGGUUAGAUCUGAUCUGUAAAGCAUCUCAAGAGUCCCAGAUGUGCGGUUUUGAUAGCCAAUGCAAAUGUCGCCAUUUUCUUCCCUUCGACGGAGCUUUCCCACGAUCAUACAUCUUUUAGGUAGUGAUCUGAUUGUCUUCGUCGAACUUCUUGUGCUCCAAGGUUGAGUCCUGGCCUUGUAAUUCAUUAGAAAGCUCUCUUGAGGUGGUCACUUCUCCAAGCUAUUUUGUUCUGAUAACUGGAAUCGGUAGAUGUCAAAACUCGAUGUAUAUUGUAUAUCAGUGCAUGGGAGAGAAUUGACAUAGCAUUUCCUGUUUCACCUUCAAUCUUUCCUUGUCCUUGUAAAGGUUGCACCUGCUAAAAACAUCUGCCUGCCUAGGAGCUGCAAUGGAGGUGCUCCUGUAAAUGGGUCAUGUCGUUUCAGAUCUACUGCUGAGUUGACACUCUGGCUGUUUGCUAAAUGUUGAAAUGGUGAAGAAACUUUGACACGCCUGGUGGUUCUGAAGUGGUACUGAAGGGGCGAGAGGGUACUCUGCAUUAUCUCAAGGCACUGGAAAGGACUAUUUUAUCUAUUAUAUCUUUUACCAUUUGAAGUGAAAAAAUUGAACCGUGUCACUUUUCUUC